CCUGCUCCUCCGGCCUCCGCCGCGCCCGCGCCUCCGCCUUUUUCCCUCCUUCCCUUCCUCCCCGCGCCGCCAUGAACGAGGAAUACGACGUCAUCGUGCUGGGCACCGGCCUCACGGAAUGUAUCCUCUCUGGUAUUAUGUCCGUGAAUGGAAAGAAGGUCCUUCAUAUGGAUCGCAACUCUUACUAUGGAGGUGAAAGUGCAUCCAUUACACCACUGGAGGAUCUUUAUAAAAGGUUUAAUCUACCAGGGUCUCCCCCAGAGUCAAUGGGACGAGGGAGAGACUGGAACGUGGACCUGAUUCCCAAAUUCCUCAUGGCUAAUGGUCAGCUGGUAAAGAUGCUGCUUUACACAGAAGUCACUCGUUACCUAGACUUCAAAGUGAUUGAAGGAAGCUUUGUCUACAAGGGUGGCAAAAUCUACAAGGUUCCUUCUACUGAGGCAGAAGCCUUGGCAUCCAGUUUGAUGGGCUUGUUCGAGAAACGCCGUUUCAGGAAAUUUCUAGUGUAUGUUGCUAACUUUGAUGAAAACGACGCCCGAACAUUUGAAGGUGUCGACCCCAAGAAGACAACUAUGCGAGAUGUGUAUAAGAAGUUUGACCUAGGCCAGGAUGUCAUAGACUUCACAGGUCAUGCUCUUGCACUGUACAGAACCGAUGACUACUUAGAUCAACCAUGCCAUGAAACUAUCAACAGGAUUAAACUGUACAGUGAAUCACUGGCUAGAUACGGUAAAAGCCCUUACCUGUAUCCCUUGUAUGGUCUUGGAGAGCUGCCCCAGGGAUUUGCAAGGCUAAGUGCUAUUUAUGGAGGCACCUACAUGCUGAACAAGCCAAUUGAAGAGAUUGUGAUAGAAAAUGGCAAAGUGGUUGGUGUGAAAUCUGAAGGGGAGGUUGCCCGCUGCAAACAACUCAUCUGCGACCCCAGUUAUGUUUCGGAUCGUGUAACAAAGGUUGGUCAAGUGAUUCGAGUAAUCUGCAUCUUAAGCCACCCAAUCAAGAACACAAAUGAUGCCAACUCAUGCCAGAUCAUCAUUCCACAGAAUCAGGUCAACCGGAAAUCAGAUAUCUAUGUCUGCAUGAUCUCUUCUGCACACAAUGUGGCUGCACAAGGGAAGUACAUUGCCAUUGUUAGUACCACCGUGGAAACAGCAGAUCCCGAGAGAGAAAUCAAACCUGCCCUGGAUCUCUUGGAGCCGAUUGAACAGAAGUUUGUUAGCAUCAGUGACCUGUUUGCACCAACUGACUUGGGAACUGAAAGCCAGAUCUUUAUUUCUCGCACUUACGAUGCUACCACUCACUUUGAGACGACAUGUGACGACAUCAAAGAUAUUUAUAAGCGGAUGAUGGGAUCAGAUUUUGACUUUGAAGAAAUGAAGCGCAAGAAAAACGAUAUCUAUGGGGAGGAGGAACAGCAGUAAUGAGCAAAUGUCUAAUUAGGAGAAAUUUAAAUGGGCUAAUAUGAAUAUAUAAGGAACUUAAUGAACACUGUAUGAAAUUCAAUAUUGUAAGGCCUGCUUUUGUAAUCACAUCUCUGAGAGAUUGAAGAGUACUGCACUGUUAAAUGCUCCCCUUCUGGAUAUCAUGUGUUUAACUAUUUCAUUCUAGUAGGGCUGCUGUCCAGAUGACUGACCUGAUUUAACCAUUACUAACCUUGUAAGCAAACAGCAGACUGUUUGUCAGACUUAAGUGUUGGUGCAUACUGAAAUAACUCAUUGACAGCUGUGUUACUUUUUUUUUUGUAUUUUUAAUCAUUUGUAAACAUACUUCACAAUGAUGUGCUUCUGGUGUAUUAGUAACCUUGACAGAUGUCAUUCAGACCUGAUAUUGAGAAACACCUCAGCUGAGCACCCCAUUGCUGUGGACAGCAUCCCUAAAGUCUUACCCAUCAAUCUUAACUCUGUGGCAAGUUGUAUUAUGGACAAAGCCCACCUCUAUUGUAGCAGCAACUGUUGGCGUAGUUCUGGGCACAGGGCCUAACCCACACUUCAGCUUCUAAAACAGUUUACAUCAGUUGGAACACAACUGUGCCUAAAGGUUCCUUUUGUGUUUUAAUCCAAUAAAAUUGAGAGAACAAAUUACAAAGCAGGCAAGAUGUGAAAGUAUUUUCUGUACCCAUGUGGCUUCUUGGAUGGACCAAACUGCACUGCAGUAUUGAUAUGACAGAGCCUGUGCUCCUGAUUGUCUCUUGAAGGCUCCAAAUGAUUUCUGUACUGCGAAGUAAAGCCAAAUUCUGGAAAC